UGUUUUUUGAACUCAGCAUCAGUGAUCUUGCAACUGUGAUCCGGAGUGCUUCCAGAAAAGAAGAAAUCCUUAGCCCAAAAAUUUAAGCCCGGAAAGGACCUCUCCUAGGCGAGGUGCGUUGUGCUGUGUUGUGAUCGAAAAGCGAUUCAAAAGGACUUUUGUGGUCGCAACAAGAAAAACCAAAAAAGACACAAGAAAAAUGAAUCCAGUGUUACGAUCGGUAUGUGCCGUAGCGGUGCUAAGUGCGGUGGUUCUGAGUGCCACAGAAGAUUACCAAAGCCAAGGAUUACGUGCCAUCGGGCGGGUGUACGACGAGUGCUCCAAGGCCGAGGCCGGUUUCUCGCCCUGUCUGAAAAAGCGCGCCAUCACCUUCAUCGACCGGUUGAGCCGCGUCGAGGCCCUCACUGUUGGGGACGUGAAAAUUGUUCGUAACGAACGGGCGGCAACCGUUGAAAGCAAACCCCUCACGGAAGCCGAACUGGAGCAGAGUCUGCCACGGGGUCUGGAAGCACGGGAUGAAGCACUGACCAACAUCUUGCUGGAGAAGAUUGCCGGAGUGUUCAGCAGCCGGACGAUUCAGAUUAGUCUGCCCAAGCUGUCGAGCGACGAGCUUGGCCGCGGGCUGGAAGAAGGUCGUGGCAAGAUGAAGAAGAUGAUGAGCAUGAUGAUGAUGGGCUUCAUGAUGAAGAUGGCAGCCAUGGUGCCGGUUGCGAUCGCCGGACUGUACCUGCUGGCCGGUAAGGCUCUGAUUGUGUCCAAGAUUGCGCUCCUGUUGGCCGGUAUCAUCGGGCUGAAGAAGUUGGUCGCCAGCAAACAGCAGGGAGGAGGCGGUGGCUGGUCCAGCGGUGGAUCCGGACACGGAGGCGGUUGGGACCGACGGUCGGCGGAUGUGGCUGCUGCUGCCGCCGCCCAGAACAUGGCCUACAAUGCCUACACCAAGAACCAGGCGUAAUUUCCUCCCGAUUGGGAACACUUCGAAAUAAGCCGACACCGUACGGAAUCUGUUCCAGAGAUUUGUUAAUUGUUGAAAGCCAAUCGAAAUCAUCUGUUAAACAACACCGAUCCGGAGGGCUGAUGGUAGCCCAAGGUUGGUUUGUUUUCCACUGUCGAACGUUUGCGGAAAAAUUGUUAAAUUAUUUAUUUAUUUAAUUUAUUGUCAGAAAUAACCGGGGAUCAUCUAAUACUCCGCAAACAAAUCCGCGAUCACUCUAAAACUUCAGUUAUUGUUACCCCUUUGUUCAGGCAUUUUUUGCCCAUAAUUAAUCUUUUGUUUCAUGCCUUUGAACUUGAACUCGUCAGGUCUUUCAACUUUCGACUGAAAAUCUAAUAAUUUUCACGUUCUCCGCCCCCUUUCAUUUUCAAGCGCACACGUUUGUGCCAUUGUUUAUCUCUCUAGUUCCCACCUCACGUCUGUCUAAUUUUCUGCAACUAAUGCAAUCUUAUGUGCAUACAGCUCAACUGGCUAUGAUCUAUUUCUAAAUGCGCUCAAUGUUGUUUCCUUUCAAUCCUAGUUUCACUUUAUUUCUAUUACUAUCUAGCUACUUAUAUAUUUCUCUAGAUUCUUUGAUCGACCAUCAACGAUUAUUAACAAUUGUUUAUCGUACAUGUAUCUCUAUUUUCUGAUUACUAUAUUCUACUGUCUUGAUGUGUCUACUGCUAAUUUAUAAAUCUUUUUUAGCUCUCUGUAUACUUCUAAUACUCAAUUCUGACACUAUUAUGCCAACUAUUUUUAUUAUCCAAUUUACUUUCUAUAUCUUAAAAAUCAUCUAUUUAUUUCAACUUCGAAUGUGGUUUCUAUUCUAAAUAACCUUUAUUUACUAUCACUAAGUUCCACUUGAACCUCAACUCUUCUCCCUUUUUCCUAACAUACAUAAAUUUUCAUCCACCUCGUUGUUGAGAAAAAUAUAAGUCAUUUCGGUCCUCAUAGGACUUCGCCUCCUUCAACGCCCUAAAGUAACAUACUCUCAUUUCCCAUCCAUUCAUUGCUCCAUUAAUCAACUCUUAAAUAUUGUUUCUUGUUUCCUGUAUUUCAUGAAUUCUCUCUUUAACUUUCAAACGAAGUUUCAGCCGAACAAUCCAGUAUGUUAAAUUAACGACCGGUCCUAUUAUCUGUAAAACGAGCUUUAGAUAAAGUCAUAUUCAAAUACAUUCACGUCUAUGCAUAAAUAUGAAUCGCAAACGAAGAAGGAGAUAUUUAUUCACUGUUGAUAAUGUGUAAGUCGAAGUAUAAUUGUUAGUUUGUUGUGAACGUUUGAAAACAAUGGAAAUUGUUUGAAAAUGAAGAAAACAAAAAUCGAAACGAAACCAAUAAACGGAAAAGUUUCCCUUCGAGUCGAAGGAGGAAAUUUUCGAAAAUUUA